AUUUUCUCUUACUGUUCUACAGAGGGAGCACUAGCCUUGGCCUUGGAGUUCAGAGGCUAUAGGGAAACUGAAGAUGCUGUUCAGAAAGGGACGGAGCCUGAUGGGCCCUCUUGCAGUGCUGUGUCUCCUGGCCCUGAGGCUGUGUGCCGCCCAUUUUUGCCCUGUUGAUAGCGAGGAAAACUCCGUGGUCGACAUCCAGGCGGCUCUGUCUAAGGGCAUCAAAGGCAUGGAGCCCAUGCGGGUGAUGACGGAGCACGAGUGCAUGCUCUACUGCUGCUCUUCCAUCAAGAUAGCAGGGAACAAACUAUGUAACUUGAUGAUCUACGACACUCGGAAAACAAGUAACCAACCCAAUUGCUACCUGUUUUACUGUCCCAGUGAGGAGGCCUGCCCUCUGAAGCCAGCCCAGGGGAUUUUGACCUCCAGAGUCUAUCGAGAUAUCCCAUUCCCGGACAGAACUGGCUUGGCAGGCCACGGCCCAUCCUCCCAGGCAGUCACCCCCUCACCCCGCCUUCUGACAGGCUCCUGGAAACCCACAGACGUCUCAGGGAGAGACGUGUUUUCUCAGACGCCAGAAUGUUCCGAGGAGCCGUCUGAGCUGGGACCAGCGAUGACACAGCUCCCCACUCACGGAGAAAAAGGUCACCGUCCCAGCUCAGCACCUCGGGUGCAGCCCUCCUCCACUGCACUGGUUGCUGCAAGUUCAAGUCCCUUGGCCACCACUCCGAAGCCUAUGGCUGUUCCCUCUGCCAGGGCUGCAGCCAUUGCCCCUGUGGCCCACCCUCUUGAGGCCGCCACCCCCCAGCCUCCUUCUGCCCCUUCUUCCGCAGCUUCUUCCCAUGCUACGGAAGAGGUUACCCUCCAAGCCAGCAAGGUGACAUCAUUGGUCCCCAAGCCCUCCUCCCAGACUCCCCCAGACCUGGAUGGCCCCCCUGACAUGGUGGCCUGGAGGGAAAGCUCCAGGCUGGCUCUGGACACAGGGCAUGCUCUGUCCCGUGUUGACUCUGCCUUGGUGAGUGCGGCUGUGGCCUUGGGGCCUGGGGGUGGCCCUCUUGGGGUUCAGGCUGGCUUUCUGCUGGAGAAGGGGCUCCUGCUGGGGAGCCUGCUCUUCGGGGUCCUCUUCCUGACGAUCAGCCUCGUCCUCUUGGGGAGGAUGCUUGUGGAGUCCCUUCGCAGGAAACGCUACUCCAGGCUCGAUUACCUGAUCAACGGCAUCUACCUUGACAUCUGAGGUUGGAACCUGGGGGGUUAUGGAGGGCACUAGUAACUCACAACCCAAACGCCCUGUGAGUCGCUGCUGACCCUCUAAUUUAGCAGGGAGGGACCAGGGUCUGGCGCCCAUGGGACACCCAACUUUCUAUUCUUUAUUCUUUUUGAGAGGGGGAGAGACACUACAGCACCCCUCCACCAUCACCAUCCAUGGAGAUCCCUUAGUGCGGUCCAGGUGUUCUCCUGUGAUGCUGGGCCUCGAGCCCAAUGCUUCAUUUGCAGCAAAGUAUGCUCUCAGCAGGGUUGUUGCUUUUUUGUUUUUGUUUUUGUUUUUUUUUGUUUUUACGUAUCUGGAAGACAAGCUGAUGCCUCCACUACUCUGUUGUUUGCCUAUUUGUUUUUGGAAGAGAUGGAAACAAAUCAGGUGAUGUGAGUGAACCGUGUCUAAAAUGUUAGCUGAGAAGCUAAACUCAACCUGAAGAAAUAAGGAAAGUAGGAUUGCAUACCAGCUGGGCAGAAGAGAAGGAAACAUGGCCGGGACAUUGAGACUUCUGAUCGUCAAGAUUUCCACUCCCAGAUCAACUGCCUGUGAUAGUGCUUUGUGGUGUGUUUGCUUUCUUUGUCCUGUGAGUUACACUAAAACGGUUUCCAGAUGUAUUUCCUGCCAAUGAAAUGGCUGAAUAAAUCUUGUGUUACUCAAUAA